AUGGCCCAAUUACAAGUGACUGUUGUUGAAGGAAGAAAUUUCAAAAAGCAAGAUUGGUUUAGUGACAACGAUCCUUUUGUUGAAAUUUAUCUAGAUAAUAAAAGUCAAAAACAAAAAACCAAAAUAAAAUAUAAUACAAAAACACCGCUGUGGAAUGAAAUAUUUUUUUUUAACCAUUUACGAGGACAAAAUAUUCUUCAUAUUGACGUUUAUGAUAAAGAUUUCUUUUGCAAUGAUAAAAUUGGUUCAAUAAAAAUCAAUUUAGAAGAUUUAUAUGAACAAGGCCAUAUUGAUAAUUGGUAUUAUCUUCAAUCGCCGACUAGUAUAUCAUCUGAUGGUGAAAUUCAUCUUAUACUUGAUUAUCAACCAUUACAACCUUAA